GGAAACACCCUUCUCCUCUGUCCAGGUAACCUCGAUCACGUGACCAGGACUGGGCUGUUCGUGACGUCAUGUUCGCUGUGCCUCGUUCUGGUCAGCUGAUGCUUACGACGCAGAGGUUUCAGAGACUGCAGCACUCCAAUUUCAACCGUUUAAACGCAACAUUCUCCCCUUAGUGCAUUGAGUAGAGAGCAGUGCAUUAUGGGGGAGUUGUUCCGCAGUGAGGAGAUGACCCUGGCCCAGCUCUUCCUUCAGUCUGAGUCCGCCUACUGCUGUGUCAGUGAGCUGGGGGAGAUCGGCAUGGUGCAGUUCAGAGACUUGAACCCAGAUGUGAACGUUUUCCAGAGGAAGUUUGUGAAUGAAGUCCGUCGCUGUGAGGAGAUGGACCGCAAACUAAGAUUUGUUGAGAAGGAAAUCAAAAAGGCUAACAUAACUGUUGUAGACACAGGGGAGAACCCAGAGGUCCCUUUUCCACGAGACAUGAUUGACUUGGAGGCCACUUUUGAAAAGCUGGAGAAUGAGCUGAAGGAGAUCAACACCAACCAAGAAGCCCUGAAGAAGAACUUCCUGGAGUUAACUGAGCUCAAGCACAUCCUCAGACGAACACAACAGUUCUUUGAUGAGAUUGAAAGGCCAUUCUCUGAAUUCCUGGCCACAUCUCAGCCGCUGAUGAUGAUGUCAAACUGCCCUUCCCAAGACCAGUUCUGCAAGAUGGAAGAUCCUUCACUUUUGGAAGAGUCGUCAACUCUACUGGAGCCGAACGAGGUUGGACGCCCCGCUCCUCUGAGGCUUGGGUUUGUUGCAGGGGUGAUAGGCAGAGAGAGGAUUCCCACCUUUGAGAGGAUGCUGUGGAGAGUUUGCCGUGGAAACGUCUUUCUGCGGCAGGCAGACAUUGAGGAGCCACUUGAGGACCCUGCCACAGGAGACCAUGUGCACAAGUCAGUUUUCAUCAUUUUCUUCCAGGGAGACCAGCUGAAGAACAGAGUCAAAAAGAUUUGCGAAGGGUUUCGUGCAUCUCUAUAUCCCUGUCCUGAGACCCCACAAGAGAGGAAAGAAAUGGCAGCCGGAGUCAACUCUCGAAUUGAUGAUCUCCAGAUGGUGCUGAAUCAGACAGAGGAUCACAGGCAGCGUGUUUUACAGGCGGCUGCCAAAACUGUCCGAGUGUGGUUCAUCAAGGUCCGGAAGAUGAAAGCCAUUUAUCACACUCUGAACCUCUGCAACAUCGAUGUCACUCAGAAGUGUCUGAUUGCUGAGAUCUGGUGCCCUGUGUCAGAUCUAGACUCCAUUCAGUUUGCGCUCCGUCGGGGCACGGAGAAAAGUGGAUCCACUGUUCCCUCAAUCCUGAACAGAAUGCAGACCAAACAGACCCCACCCACCUACAACAAAACCAACAAGUUCACCUCUGGCUUUCAGAACAUCGUUGAUGCCUACGGUAUCGGAAACUACCGGGAAAUCAACCCAGCUCCAUACACCAUCAUCACCUUCCCCUUCCUGUUUGCGGUCAUGUUUGGCGAUCUGGGUCACGGUGUACUCAUGACAUGUGCUGCACUUUAUCUGGUACUGCGAGAGAGCCGAUUAAUUGCCCAGAAAAAUGACAAUGAGAUGUUUAGCAUGAUAUUUGCUGGCCGUUACAUUAUUCUCCUGAUGGGGAUAUUUUCAGUGUACACUGGGAUUAUCUACAACGACUGUUUCUCCAAAUCUCUCAAUGUCUUUGGCUCAGGCUGGAGUGUCAGACCCAUGUUUGGAAUAAAAGGAGACAACUGGACGUUUGAGACACUGAAAGAUAACCGGAUAUUACAGCUGAACCCUGCUGUGCCAAACGUGUUUAAUGGGCCCUAUCCAAUUGGCAUCGAUCCAAUCUGGAACAUUGCCACCAACAAGCUGACGUUUCUAAACUCCUUCAAGAUGAAGAUGUCAAUAAUUCUGGGAGUCAUCCACAUGACGUUUGGAGUGAUUCUCAGUCUUUUCAAUCACCUGUACUUCAACAAACCUCUUAACAUCUUCCUGGGUUUUAUCCCUGAGAUCGUCUUCAUGAUCAGUCUGUUUGGCUACCUGGUUCUGCUCAUUUUUUACAAGUGGUUGGCAUAUGAUGCCGCAACCUCAAAAGAUGCCCCCAGUCUUCUAAUAGCUUUUAUCAACAUGUGCCUCUUCAGCUACAAUGAUCCCACUAACAAACCGUUAUACACGGGACAGAUGGUGGUUCAGAGUCUGCUAGUUGUUAUAGCAAUCUGCUGUGUACCAUGUAUGCUUAUAGUAAAGACCCUAGUAAUGCGCAGGCAAUACCUCUGGAGAAAACACCUGGGAACGCAAAACUUUGGGGGAAUCCGUGUGGGUAAUGGCCCCACAGAGGAUGAAGCUGAGAUCAUCCAACAUGACCAGCUUUCCCAAAACUUAGAUGAUGAGCCUGAGCAGUCAGAGGAAGAAGUGUUUAAUUUUGCAGAUGAAGCAGUGCAUCAGGCCAUUCACACAAUAGAAUACUGCUUAGGCUGCAUCUCAAACACUGCCUCUUAUCUACGACUUUGGGCGUUGAGUCUGGCCCAUGCCCAGCUCUCUGAGGUCUUGUGGUCAAUGGUGAUGCACAUGGGCCUUGCUUCUAGGAAUUUUGGUGGAUUCUUUGCCCUGUCAAUUAUCUUUGCCUUCUUUGCUACACUGACAGUAUUUAUUCUGUUGAUCAUGGAAGGACUGUCUGCCUUCCUUCAUGCUCUUAGAUUGCACUGGGUGGAGUUUCAGAAUAAAUUCUACACUGGACAAGGCUUCAAGUUCAUGCCUUUCACUUUUGACGGCAUUCUGGAGGGCAAGUCUGAAGACUAAACCACACCCACAUUCUCUCCUUUCCCAACUGCCACACCUCUAAACUACAGGAGCCAAUCAGAUUGCGUGCGAGAUUUUAUGAUUUGUGUGAACACUGUGACUUUGUAAGGCUCUAAAUUUCUCAGGUGUUCUACAUCAGGACAUUAAUGGAAUAAUUUUCAAGAAAGUAAACUAAAAGUAAUUAGUAUAAGCUGAGCUGAAAAUAAUCUGCAUAACACAUUCGCAAUGUUUCAUAACUCUUACUUGAUAUGUAAUAAUACAAACUUAAGUGGUGUUACCAUACAGCACACAGGAGAAUGAACAGCUUGUUUUUUUGUCAUAAAAGCCUCACAAAUUUGUACAUACUCUUUAAUAAAGGCACUAUAUCAUUACAGUUUCCCAUACCAUUAUAGUACAGGUGGAGAUUUUGUCUAUUUCUGAUAUUUUUCCCCAGUAUCUUAAAUUAUUAGAGUUUGUUUUUUAUGUAUCUUUUAUCCUUUGUUGAACACAUUUAUAAAAUAGUUCUCAUGCAAAGGGACCUCAUUUCAAAUGCAGCAAAGCAAGCUUCAUUUUAUGCCAUUUUACAAGCUUCUGUCAUGCAGAUGAUGAUUUCCUCAUCAAGCAUAUCAGAAUAACAGUUGCAGAUAAUCCUCCAGAUGUAAUGCAGAUCUUUUCAUUCCUUUGCAAACACAAGUAAAGAGUAGUUAUAUUUUAGUUGGUCUUGAACUGUUUCUGUUUUCUUUUUGUUUUUUGCUGUUGUCUUUGGACAAUUAAAGGCAAAUACACAUCUAAGCUAUGUUAACCUUAUGAAUCUGUUUGCUGCAGUGCCCAGUUCCAGUUUUUUUUUUGAUUGUUGUUUAUAAUUGAGUUUACAACAUGCAUAUGCAAUGGCUCUUGAAGAAAACGUGUUUGCUUGCUACAGUAGAUGUCAGAUGCAGUACAUUUAGUCUUGGAGAAAUUAACUAUACCAAGUAGAAGCAGCCAGUGAAGCUGAGUGAUUGUGUCUGUUUAGUUUGUCAAUAAAGAAGGACUGGAUAUGAA